AGUGCAGCAGGCCGUUUAGUCAACUGGUCCGACGAUGCAGCAUCAAGUUGAGAAACCCUACAGGUGUGAGGCGUGCGACAGGCAGUUCGGUAGGCUGGGUGACCUGAAGAGACACGUUCGGACUCACACCACGGGGGAAAAACCCUACAGGUGUGAGGCGUGCGGCAAGCAGUUCGGUAAGCUGUAUAGUCUAAAGACUCACAUCCGGACUCACACUGGGGAGAAACCCUUCAGAUGUGAGGCGUGCGGCAAGGAUUUUAGACAGAUCCAGCAUCUGAAAAGACACGUGCGGACUCACACAGGGGAGAAACCCUACAGGUGUGAGGAGUGCGGCAGGCUGUUCAGUCAGCUGGGUCAUCUGAAGACUCACGUGCGGACUCACACCGGGGAGAAACCCUACAAGUGUAAGCAGUGCGGCAAGCUAUUCAGUCAGCCGAGUCAUCUGAAGACUCACAUCCGGACUCACACGGGUGAGAAACCAUACAGGUGUGAGGAGUGCAACAGGCAGUUCAGUCAGCCAGGUGAUCUGAAGAGUCAUAACCGGACACACACUGAUGAGAAACCCUACAAAUGUGAAGAAUGUAGCAAGCAGUUCCGUAGGCUGUUUAAUCUUAAGACUCACAUGCGGACUCACACUGGGGAGAAACCCUACAUGUGUGAGAAGUGCGGAAUUCAGUUCAAUGUGCUACGUAAUCUAAAGACUCACAUGCGCACUCACACAGGUGAAAAACCCUACAUGUGCAAAGCGUGCGGGAGGCAGUUCAGUCAUCUGAAGACGCACAUACGAACACACACCGGGGAGAAACCCUACAGGUGUGAGGCGUGCGGCAAGCACUUUAGACAGUUCCAGCAUCUGAAAAGACACGUGCGGAGUCACACAGGGGAGAAACCCUACACGUGUGAGGAGUGCGGCAGGCAGUUCAGUCAGCCGAGUCACCUGAAGACUCACAUUCGUACUCACAACAGAGAAAGCCAACAGGUGUAAUUAUAACACGUGCAGCAGAGCAGGUGCUGACCCAUAGUGGGGAGAAACCCGACAGGUGUGAAGAGGGUGGCAGUUAGUUCUGAUCUCCAAGCACAUCCA